ACUCACUACUCUGCUCUACAGCUCUACAGCUCCCCUAGCUAUCCUAGCUAUCCUAGCUUCGAAACUCUCUAGGAUAUUGCAUCUCCCUCUUAUACAGCGCCUGAUAUACCACCGCCGCACCCAUCCACCUCGAAUCACAUCAUGCCGGCCACCACGGCAGAGACUCUGUCCCUCGUGACACGCACAGUCUCCGUGGCACCCCUCGUCCUUCUCUCAGCAGCAGAUCACUACGGCCGAACUGCCAAAGGAACCCGAAAGCGCGUUGUUGGAGUGUUGCUUGGACAAAAUGAGGGCACAAACGUGAGGGUAUCAAACAGUUUCGCAGUUCCCUUCGAGGAAGACGAAAAAGAUCCCAGGGUAUGGUUCCUGGAUCACAACUUUGUCGAAUCGAUGAACGACAUGUUCAAGAAGAUCAAUGCGAGGGAGAAGCUUAUAGGAUGGUACCAUUCCGGACCAAAGUUGCGUGCGGCGGAUUUGGAGAUCAAUGAGCUAUUCAAGCGCUACACGCCGAACCCAUUACUCGUCAUUAUUGAUGUGCAGCCAAAGGAAGUCGGUGUGCCGACGGAUGCUUACUUUGCGGUGGAAGAGAUCAAAGAUGACGGUACUACGACGUCAAAGACAUUCGUUCAUACACCGUCUAUAAUCGAGGCAGAGGAGGCGGAAGAGAUUGGAGUAGAGCAUCUCCUGCGCGAUAUCCGCGACGUCGCAGUCGGUACACUGAGCAACAGAAUAACAGGCCAACUCCAAUCCUUACAAGGCUUGCACCUCCGUCUCCGCGAUAUCGGGCAAUACCUACAAAAAGUCCUCGACCACGAACUACCCAUCAACCACGCCAUCCUAGGCAAUCUCCAAGACAUCUUCAACCUCCUUCCAAACCUGUCCACACCCAAAUCCGCAAACGAAGGGAACGGUACUGAAUCCGAUAUUGAGAAUAGCGAACUUGUGCGCGCCAUGAGCGUAAAGACGAACGAUCAAUUAAUGGCAAUUUAUCUGAGCAGCUUGAUCCGUGCCAUAACGGCAUUCCAUGAUUUGAUUGAGAACAAGAUCCAGAAUCGUCAACAGCAGGAAGAACUUGAGGGGAAGAAAGAGGAAGAAACUGCUACUACAGCAGGGAAGAAGCAAGAUGGUACAUCUGGAACUGCAAAUGGAGAGCAGUCAAAGGAUGAAAAGGAUACAAAGGAGAAGAAUUCGAAGAGGUCAUAACUGUUCUGUAUCCAUAAUCUAGGCUUGGUAGGAUAAAUACUAGAUAUGUUGAUCGUUUAAUGGUAUUAUGCAGCACAAUAGCCAGC